UACAGUGCAUUGUGGAAUAUUGAGUCCAUCGUUGGAGCACAUAGGUCAGCUCAGUUUGGCUCGAGCAGCAAAAUAUAUAUGGUUUUAUGUUGACUAAACUUGUCGAAAACGGGAACAUGGACAUGCAGUUUAAAAUCAGGCACCAUAAGACAGAUAGUUGAUAUGCGAACAUUGAUCAAGUCCCUCGACAGUAAACCAUAGUGUUGUGAGUACUGCACUUCUAUUAACAAACAUACCUUAAAAUAUCGUCGGCGUAUGAAAGUAAUACCUUACAUACGUCAAAGAAGAUUUCAUUUGAGUUCUCACAUAAUAUCCUAACCGCUGCUGACAACGCCAUUAUAGUAGUUUUGUUUUUUAUGUUUAAUUACUGUUAAUAGUUCCUCCGUCUUCCGAGUUCAUUGCUAGCUACCUUGGCUCUGGCAGUGGCAGCUUUCUGUUUUGGGUCUUGAGUAUAGCAGUCCCAAUGACGCCUGAGUGGUUUGCAGCCUGAAAUAAUGUUUGAUAUGGGUGUAGUGUCAUUUAAAAAAAUUGAUUCGGAAUGCUUAUUAAAAAAAAAAUUUUUUUUUUUUUUUUUUUACACAUAAGAGUGUAUGUUUGAUGGGUUAUGUAUUAAUUUACGUUUGGAAGAUACUGGCAUUUGCUAAGAUUGCCUGAACACAACCAACAGCGGCAGUGGAAGCGAAAGUGAAGCAUUACAACAACACCAGCGGCUAAACGUACUUUUUGUUUAAAAAACAAAAACAAAACAGCCCUGUCUGUUUUUCACCGAGUUUAAAUCUACUAAAGGCACGGGAAUACGUCGUUAUGCUCUCUUCAUCGCGGUCCUUUUGGGGUAAUCUCCAAUUAAUACAGAGUGGAAGGCUCAUGUUUAAAACUCCUAUGCCCGUGUGUCUAAACCAGACUUUUAGGUGGCACAGCACUGUGAAACGAAGAAGGGUUGUUAUUACUGGCAUAGGUCUAGUAUGUCCUCUGGGUAUAGGGACGGUGUUACCUUGGGAAGCUCUUAUAAAGGGGCAGAGUGGCAUUGUAGCUCUCAAUUCAGAAGAAUACAAAAGUAUUCCAUGUAAAGUAGCGGCGUUGGUCCCUAGAGGAAUCGCAAAAGGACAAUAUGAGGAGGAAAUGUUUGCAUCUCGCGGAGAGAUCAAUAGCAUGUCACCAGCCACUGUGAUGGCACUUGGAGCUGCUCAGCUUGCCCUGGAAGACUCGGGAUGGUACCCUAAAACCUCCCAUGAACAACUCACCACCGGUGUAGCUGUUGGCAUGGGCAUGGUGUCACUGGAUGAAAUAGUAUCUACAUCUUUAGCUUUUAGAAAAAACGGCUACAAGAAGAUUAGCCCUUUCUUUGUGCCUCGUAUUUUAGUAAACAUGGCUGCUGGGCACAUCAGUAUCAAGCACAAUUUAAAGGGGCCGAACCAUUCUGUCUCCACAGCCUGCACCACUGGCGCGCAUGCUAUUGGGGAUGCUGCAAGGUUUAUUGCCCACGGUGAUGCCGUUGCUAUGGUUACAGGCGGAACAGACGCUUGUGUUGGACCUCUCGCCAUUGCUGGAUUUGCAAGAGCUCGUGCUCUUGCCACUAAAUGGAAUGACAAUCCCAAACUUGCUUCAAGGCCGUUUCAUCCAGAGAGAGACGGCUUUGUGAUGGGUGAGGGAUCCGCUGUACUCCUGCUAGAAGAACUGGAGCACGCUAUCAAACGUGGAGCCAAAAUGUAUGCUGAGGUGUUGGGAUAUGGACUCUCAGGAGAUGCCAACCACAUCACCACACCCGUUGCAGAUGGCGAUGGGGCAUUCAGAUGCAUGUCAGCUGCCAUUAAAGAUUCUGGCAUCUCACCUGAAGAUGUGUCUUAUGUGAAUGCCCACGCCACCUCUACUCCUUUGGGUGAUGCAGCGGAAAACACUGCAAUUAAGAAGCUUUUUCACCAAAGUGCAGGAAGCCUGGCUGUGUCCUCCACCAAAGGAGCAACUGGACAUCUGCUCGGAGCUGCGGGAGCGCUGGAGACCGCAAUCACCGCUCUGGCAUGUUACCACGGUGUCCUUCCUCCGACACUAAAUCUGGACCGCACCGAACCAGAGUUCAAUCUCAAUUAUGUUCCGUGCGUCGCGCAGCCGUGGCCGACUUUGGGCAGAAGGAUUGCCCUCUCAAACUCAUUUGGAUUUGGAGGAACAAAUGCCACGCUUUGCAUUGCCAGUAUCUAAAAUGUGUCCACUGUUUUAUGAAUUGUGACGGUUUGAGCAUUAAAUCAUCUUGAUAGGCUACAAAUGUCUUUGAUCCGAUCAGAAUUUGGAUUAAAUUUAUGAUCGGAUACCUUGUUUUCACGGACCGUAAAAAUAUUGAUCCGAUCAUGUGUUCGUACAUCACAUUUUUGGCGGGAACAAAUUUUUUAGACAUGCGCAGAUUUACAAAGUAUAUCAGAAAUGGAAAGUACUUAUCAGAGGUCGGUAAUAACGAGUUACAUUUACUCUGUAACACACAGGUGUCAAACUGAUUCCAGAAAGGGCCUAGUGGGUGCUGGAUUUUGUUCCAAUCGAUAACACGCAGAGAGUUUAACCAAUGAACUUCCUGCUGAAACAAGCAGCACCUGACAAAGUUUAACUGAUUACACAUGUAAAAGAUCUAAUUGGUGAAAAGGUGUCCUCUUCAUUGGUUGGAAAGCAAACCUGCACCCACUAUGCCCUUUCUGGAAUCGGUUUGACACCUGUGCUGUAACAGUUAAGGCCCAAGUACACCGCAUGCGUGAUCGUUGCGUUUCCGGUCCGGCUCUGGCUUGACUGCGAACCACCGCAUGCCCGCCGGAUGGUAUAGGCUAUGUUCUAUUUUAGGCUAUUUUCUAUAUUUGCUGGACAGGCAUCCGACAAAAUGGGCGGAGCUGGGCCUGGACGUAACAGCCCAGGUGCCUAAUCACAGUUUAAACACGAGCGUGGAGGUGGAAACCCACAAAAUCAUUUAUGAUGCAGCAGAUCCUUUCUAUAAGGACAAUAUAAAAAAGGAAGCUGCAAGGUGUCCUGUUAUGUGUGUUUUUCUGUCCUGAUUCAGUCAUGUCUGUCUCUUAAUUCCAGAUUAACUAAAAUAUCAAUAUGCAAAGAAAAUAUGUGCUCUCUCUCUGCUUCUCUGAUGAGUAUAGACUCCGUGUGUUUUUCGUUGUUUUAAAUGGCACAUUAUCGCGCGCGAUCACGCGAGAUCUCACUGGGGGGGACGAGGUUGGCGGACCGCAGCCGUGCAGCAGCCGGUAUGAUUUGCCUGUUUUUGACGGACUGCGUGGCACGCAGGCAACACUGAACCGGAUCGGAACCGCAACGAUCACGCAUGCAGUGUACUUGGGCCUUGAGAGCUGGCCCACCUCGGGCAGGUGUGCGUGUUUUGAUCUGAUUGCAGAUUGGACGUCAGACAGGUGGAGUGGCCACAGGUGCCGGUAAUGACAAUCAGUCAGCCAGUGGACGCUGCCAGCUUGUCGCCCGAUCAACUAGUCUGUUUCCUACGUCAUUUGCAGCCCGCAGUCUUCAUUGUUGCAGGCAUGAAAAUGGGUCAGGGGUUAAAAAAGUGAGAAGAGAGUGGAGGAAAUAUGUUCCAGUACACUGUACACCCCAACAAAAUAUUGAGCUCUGUCGACCCACACUGUGUUUCAGCAGGGCCGUGCAGAGACCGGUGGAGGGGCGGGUGCUCGUAGAUCAAAAGGGGCACAUGAACAAGUAUUUAAUACACCUUAAAACAACAUAACUUCAAUUUUAACCAGUUUUAGAUAAUAAUUGGCUGCGACUGUGACAUACUUUAAUUGGGAGGGGGCAACAGUGAAUACAAAUCAAAACUGUCAUCCACACUUUCUGGCUGUGACUCAGUCAGUCUGCCUCUUUUCUUCCUUCAACCUCUGCAUCAAAACUUCCUUCCUCAACUUGUUCAUCUGAGAACAAACCACAUCAGAUGGUCACUGAGCCACCAACAGCACAGUUUUCUCAAAACUAUUAUUUCAUCAUUAUCCAUACUUAACAACUCUAGCACCUAAUGAUUAAUAAAGCAAUGACAUAAAAUCUUAUAGAAAAAUAACAUUGUAAUUGUGUUUAUAAUUGUAUUUAAUAUCCGACUAUCCUAGCAAACCUGUUCUUACCAGGUCUGCUAUUCACCCAGCUGAUGAGGUAUCCACUGCCUUUAGCAGCCUCAUCCAACUCCUUUUUUUAUCCCUCAAUCUCCUUUCCCUACGAGGCAUGUCUAUGUAAUGAAAUAUAAAUAUUUAGAAAAAAAAAAAAAAAAACAGACUCCCCGGUGGCUUUUAGUUUUAAAGCUUUCUUAAUUUCUUUCUCUCUCAAUAACGAUGGAGGUAGAUUUGUGUUUUUAUUAUUCAAUCGAAAAACAGUUACUUCUAUCAAAAACAAAGUUGCUUCAAUCAAAAUACAGUUAUACUUUUAAUCCCAAAAAAGUCACUUCAAUAAAAAAAAUGUUUUUGAUUGCAAAAAUAAAUUUGAGACAAAAAAAGCAUUUGAAAACUAUUUUUCUUGAUUGAAACAAAUUUUUCCAUUGAAGUAAUGUUUUGUGUUUGGGCCACAUUUUGGCUAGGACAUUUGUGUUUUUUAUUAUUCAAUCAAAUAAAUUGCUUCAAACAAAAAAAUAUAUAUAAAAAGAAAAACUUUGCACAUGUGUCAAUCGCCGUUUAACAAAGCCUGAGAGGGUUUGAGUAGACUCAGUAUGAAGCAUUUAAUAAAGCCAAGCAUUUUCUUACUACUUUAUUCUUGUUUAGAAAUAAUUCAGUGGGGCAGUAACAUGUUCAAAACUUAUCAUAAUUCUUACAUUUUGAAGUGCUUGAAAACCAUUUAUAAAUGAUACUUUGGUGAAAAAAGUGAAAAAACGUCUUAUGUAUAUGUAUCUUUUUUCCAAUGUAAAAUCUGAAUAAAUACAUUGAACACACACACAAAAAAAGGGGGGGGGGGGCGCUACUUCGCGGUUUUCACUUAUUGCGGCGGGUUCUGGUCCCCAUUAACCGCGAAAAACGAGGAAUCCCUGUAUUUCUGAAAAGCUUUAAGAAUCAAGAGUCAUUCCCACCACUCGUCGGGCCGGUGUUGUGCCAACACCGGCCGUCAGCUCAAGUCCCAGCCGAAAAUAACGCGUCUAAGGCGGACGACGGGAGCGAUGCGAUGCGAGGCGACCCCUUAAUCCGAGAGCAUGCCGCUUAAUUUGACUCAACAGUGUGUUUCUUCGUUUAUAUUACCGCUAAAUACACAAGCUUGACGCCAAUUUAACGGGAGCUAUUUUUUUUCAUGGGAGAUUUGGCUAGCUCUGGCAGUGUUCAACGCAAGCUGCAACGAAUGGCAUUAACUUUUUUAUAUCGCAAAAUGUGAAAACGAUUGAAACCAUUACUCACCAAAUUCAAUCUGCUGGCAAAUACAGGCAAGUGUGUAUGCUGCGCUCUGGUCUGCCCCGGUGUGGAUAAGGCCUGCUUUUUGUUUUCGCAGCUUUGCAUUGCAACCAAAGGCUCGCCGAGCACUCCUUGUUUCACGUAAGGAGUGUGCGCGUUUGGAAUAAUGGCACGCAGCUUGGGCCGAUGAUUGGUUCUCGUCAGCGAAGCAUCUAGAGGGAUUUGCUGACUGUCCGUGUCACCUUUUUUAAAGAACCGAUCAGUUUACGUAGUAAGUUAAUCACAUGAUGAUAAUAAUAAUAAUAAUAAAUAAAUAAAACCUCCCGACCCCCCCUCCUCCCAAAAAGAAUUUCUCCUCGGAUCUACGCAAUUCACGUAGGUUGCCCUUUUUGACUUUAAAACGGCAAAUUUCGUCGAAAGGUGAGAGAUUUUCAUGCCUGUUGUUGAACUGAUCACCGGCUCACGAUUUACUGUAUUUGCUCUCGCCCCAGGUCCUGCUUUUGCAAGCUUCUCGGAUUAUACGCCUGUCACCUUUCCGAGCUGCAUCGCUUCACACUGGCUCGACCACAAUAAGCGGAAAACUCCACUAUUGUGUUUUCCUGAUCUUGCUGCUAAUAAAUUGUCUUGUUCAUCAUCACAUCGGGUUUGAGUCUACUCUGGGAUCCACUCCAUUCCCCGAAUCCUAAUCCUGUAACUUUUUGAGAAAAAUGUACUUGAGUAGUUUUACCACGCAAUACUUUUUACUUAAUGAUGUAAUGAGGUGCGCUGAGUCUUCGGAGCGUGUGUCGAGUAAUGACUGGAAAUUUCUGUGAAGCGUGUGCCGAGGCUCGCUUCAUUUAGGGCCGGUUCCGAAAAUGAUGAUGUCCGAAGCUUCGCUGCCCAGCUGUACCAAGUGUACAUCAGUGUUCAAGUUACACUUUUACUGUCCUCUGCUUGAUUACGUUCAUGCCAAUUUCAGAAAAAAAUAAUGUGCAACCUGUUGUAUUAUGAUAAUACCAUUUGGGGAAUCAUUUUCACACCCACACACUACACACUAUUUUUUACAGUAAUCCCUCUCUACUUUGCGACUCAAUUUUCACAUAGUCACUGCAUCGCAGAAUUUUUUUUUAUCUUGUUAUAAGUAAUCUUGUUACAAGAAUAAGAGUUCUAAAAACAUUUAUGUACACUUGAUUUUCAUCUACGUAUUUAUGAACAUUUACACACACAGGUAUCCUAUGAGAGAAUGUACAGUAUUAUUUAUACAUUGUUAUGUAUGUUGUUUAUAUUAAUUAGGGCUGUCAAAAUUAACGUGUUAACGGGCAGUAAUUCUUUAAAUUAAUCACGUUAAAAUAUUUGACGCAAUUAACGCACAUGCCCCGCUCAAACAUUAAAAUGACAGCACAGUGUGAUGUCCACUUGUUACUUUUUUUUUUGUGUGUGUGUUUCGUCGCCCUCUGCUGGCGCUUGGGUGCGACUGAUUGUAUGGGUUUCAGCACCAUGAGAAUUGUGUCAUUAUUGACAUCAACAAUGGCGAGCUUCUAGUUUAUUUUUUGAUUGAAAAUUUUACAAAUUUUAUUAAAACGAGAACAUUAAGAGGGGUUUUAAUAUAAAAUUUCUAUAGCUUGUACUAACAUUUAUCUUUUAAGAACUACAAGUCUUUCUA